GGAAAUGGAAUCAGGAAAAAAAAAGAAGCUGAGCCGUCAAAACAUAAACAGAGGAGCAACAUUGUGCAGCUAGCUCACUUUAUUCUCCCACUUUUACAUGCACGCCUCCCUCAUGUCGUGUGUUCUCCGCCAGAGGACUGCUUGUCGAGGCUCUUAGCCAGCGUGCCGAGCAGCGAGGUGGACAAAAUAAAUCUGCAGUAAAGAUUAGGACGCCUCGUCGGGCCUUCGAGCGGAGGGAAAGGUUUAUACCUCGGCACAGGACAGAGAAGAAAGGAUGGCUGAGGCUGACGGCAAAUCCACUGUGCUUAACGGUGCUUCAGAUGAAAAGGAGCCUGGAGAAGAUCAGCACAAGGAGGGAGAUGCCUCUGGAAGCAAAGAGGGGCAGACAUCCUCUCAAGAUGCUCCCAAAGAAACUGCAGAGACGUCAGGAGAUAAACCCAUGCCAGAUGUGGAAGGACAGACCGGCGCUAACAGAGAAGGAGAGGAGGACGAAGACACAGACAGCAUGGACGGCAGCAGCCUCUACUCUUUGACUGAGGACGGAGAACGGGAGAGCGAGGGGGGGAGGCGAGAGAGGGUCAAGGAAAAGGAAAGUGGGAAAAGAGCUGCCAGGAAGAGGAACAGACCUGGCGUUGGCACCAACCACUCCUCCAGCUCUGACGACGACGACGAAGAAGAAGACCCAAAAGACGACGACGACGACGAUGACGACGAGGCCAUGGAAGCGUGGUUGGGAGCAGAGCUCUGCGACUUGCGUGGUCCUGUGUGGCGAGCGGUACCUUCGCUGCGCUCCAGGGAGAUCGGCAGGGACUCGCACCAGUUUGUGAGGCGUGUAUGUGGCGCCCGCGGUCUCGUGCAGAGGCUGGAGCUCCAAGGCCGCCUGGAGAGGCACACAGGCUGCGUCAACACAUUGCACUUCAACCCUUCAGGCACGCGCCUGGCGUCGGGCAGCGACGACCUGAGAGUGGUGAUCUGGGACUGGGCCGUCCGACGUGCUGAGCUGGAGUUUGACAGUGGGCACAAGAGCAACGUCUUUCAGGCAAAGUUCCUGCCUCACAGCGGAGACUCCACGCUGGCCAUGUGCGCCCGCGACGGUCAGAUCAGGGUGGCCGAGCUUUCUGCCACGCAGCGCUGCAAGAACACGAAGCGGGUAGCCCAGCAUAAAGGAGCAGCACACAAGCUCGCUCUUGAGCCAGAUUCUCCCUGUUCCUUUCUGUCAGCCGGAGAGGACGCCGUGGUUUUUGGUAUCGACCUCCGUUUAGACCGCCCCGCCAAUAAACUCGUGGUUGUUAAAGAGGGUGAUAAGAAAGUUGGGCUGUACACUAUCUUUGUCAACCCAGCAAAGACUCACCACUUUGCUGUUGGGGGGAGAGAUCAGUAUGUGAGGAUCUAUGACCAGAGAAAGAUUAAUGAAAAUGACAACAACGGCGUGCUGAAAAAGUUCUGUCCCUCACAUCUGGUAUCCAGCGAGUCGAAAACCAACAUCACGUGUCUGGUGUACAGUCACGACGGCACAGAGCUCCUGGCCAGCUACAACGACGAAGACAUCUACCUGUUUGACUCCAGCCACAGUGACGGCGCGGACUACCGCAGAAGAUACAAGGGACACCGUAAUAAUGCCACAGUGAAGGGGGUGAACUUCUACGGACCCUGCAGUGAGUUUGUGGUCAGCGGCAGCGACUGUGGACACAUCUACCUGUGGGACAAGUAUUCUGCUCGGAUCGUGCAGUUCAUGGAGGGAGACAGAGGGGGAGUGGUGAACUGUCUGGAGCCGCACCCUCACCUGCCUGGCAUGGCCACCAGCGGGCUGGACCACGACAUCAAACUGUGGGCCCCCACAGCCGAGACCCCCACCGGCCUGAAGGGGCUCAAAGAGGUCAUGAAGAAGAACAAGCGGGAACGCGACGAGGACAGCGUGCGUCACGGAGACCAGUACGACACCCAGCUGCUGUGGUUCCUGAUGAGACACAUGAGGAACAGAAGACCCCCGAGGGCCCGUGAAGGCGCCGACGCAGACACAGACGAGUCCUGGAGUUCUCCAGAUUCCUCGGACGAAGAGGAAGGAGGUCCAGAUCACGUCCAGUGCAUGUCGUCCUGAGCCACACACACAGACACACACACACACACACACACACACACUCGAAUAUUUGCACACAUCCAUACAGACACAUACAGAAAACACACACAAACUCUUUAUUGCCCUUGAAUUGAUGCACAUAGGCAAGCACUAUUGACACACUGGCACACUCGAACACUGAGGAGACAGAUGACCUUUUUUGUUUUUCUCAUCUACACACAAACAUACAUGCAGACACACACUCUUAUUGAAACACUGUUGCUGCAGAGCGACAGAUGCUUUAUGUCUGGUUUUCCAGCAGUGUUCGAAAGGCAACUACAGACUUUGCAGCCACAACCACAAUCCUGAUUAGUUUUUCUUUUUUUUUUUUUCCUCUUUUUGAUUUGUACGAAGAGGUCUAGUGAGUGCUCACAUCCCUAUAAACCACUCGGCUUGUCCGUACAUCAUCUAUAUCCUCUGGCCAGACCCACCACGAUGUACUGCGCACGUAUGGCAACCAGUACUUCCAGAUCUGGGCUCCCUGCAGUAAAGCUAUACAUCACCAGCACACGAUCCCUCCCUCUCUCUUAGUAACUCCUCCUCUGUGCUGAUGAAGACGGGCUCAGACCCUCCAACCAUCCCCUCAAUGUGACUUCCUUUUUUUUUUUUUUUUUUUUUUUUUUUUUUUUUUUUAGAGAAAGGAGCGCCCUGAAGCGUCACCCCAGCUUCUCUAGAGUGUUUGUUUUGUUUUGGGUGGUUGCUGGCUUGAGCAGCUAGUGUUUAUCACGUUUGCUCCCACAGAACUACUAAAUCUGGACAUGCUGCAUUAUCCGACGUGCUGCCGUCUAAUUCUUCCUCUCCUCCCGUGUCCGUCAGCCUCUCCCAUCACUUUGAUUCAGGGAUGCUUCAGUGUGAGACGCAGACAAAACGUGCACUGAGUGUGUGAGUUUGGGAGGAAGAACUGUUGUGUCGUUUAAGAAUCCGGAGAUUUUUUUUUUUCUUCUUCUUCUCCUUCUAAAUCAGAUCGUGAGGCGAUUUCUUUGCUUCCACCAGCUUUUCCUCCGCCUCUUUCUUCCCCUUUGGCAGGAAAUGGCAGACGACAUUCAGCACGUGUACAGAAAACGUGGACUGACUUUUGGUUUGCGUCGCGGAGGGCGAACCGACCUGGAUCAGUUGAAGCACUGCCUGUGAGCCGGCCAGUCAGAUGGGAGUGUUAACUUGUUUCCGUGGUUCCUUCAAAGAGCGUCUCUGGUUUGUUUUUGAGUCGCAGAAAACGGGGAGUGAAGGCUAGCCUGGUCUGCUGCACAGCAAAGAUCCUGGAAGCUCCCGUGGUUACACCGCAUCAAGUGUGUUUAAUCCACACAAAGAUUGCUGUUUUUACAGAUGGAAUAGAGCGCAGCUGAUCGCUAACUUUUCUCAAUCUUCGUCAAGUUCAAUGGUUUAAUCCAACAGGUGUCCCCAAACAGGGCCGGGCUAGCUCGCUACCUCCUCUCUUGCAUGUCUGCUUGGUUGUAGCUUCACGUUCAGUAGAAAUUUACACAGCCUUGAAUGCUCUCAGUUCACCCCCUUUUCAGUUUUUUUGGCAAAACAAGUGGGGGGGGGGGGCGGAAAAACAACAAGAAAACAAGAUGAAACUCUGUGUGUGACACUCGAGCCAGGUCGGUGGGACGUCAGCAGCAGGUGAACCGCUCCAUUCAGAGCCGCGGGGGGGUGGGGAACAACGAGGGGUGGGGGGUUCAAUAUGCUUGCCAGUCAUUUGUUGUGUGAGAGCGAUAAAGUCCAGCUUUUCUCAUUUUCUAUGAGAACUGUAGUUAGUUGAAUUUAUAUGUACAUAUAUAAAUAUAUAUUAAAAAUGUAAAAAAAAAAAAAAAGAGGAAAAAAAAACAACUUUAGCAAAUGCUGUUUGACUUGAGAAAAAAAAGAAAAUAUGUCAAAACAUUUGAUUGGUAUUGAUGCAGAGGUUUAUAUUCUAUAUGAGGAUAAAGUACUUUUAAAAUCCAGAUGAAAAACUCUCAACAUGACCGUUUCUGAUUGGUUUUUCCUUCGAUCACAUCCUGCUGUCACUUAAAGUAUUAAAGACUUUUUGUUUUGUUUAUUCAAGAAGAAAAAAGCUUUUUCUUUCUCGGGUCUUAAUCCAUAAUUUGACAUCCAGAUCCAGCAGCUGUUUUUGGCAUCUUGUAUACACAAUAUGGCUUUUGAUGAAUGAUUUUCUCUUCCACCACUGCCUAAUAUUGCAUUCUACCAGUUCAGUUGGAAAUAUGUACGAUUCGUGCAAUAAACAAAAAGACAGAG